CACCUGCCACAGUCAUGCGUACACCCAGUCUGUCCCUUACUGAACAACCACUACAUAAACUCUAGUGUUGGAGGAGUCUGUAGUGAGAGUUACACUCGACGUGUUCAUCAACAAAGUGAACAAGGCACACUGUUGAGUGUAGCAACACUGACACCAGUGCCAGUUCAACAGGAAGGAGGGUACCCCAGCCUUACAAGACUACCCUUCUGUGGUCGAUUUCAGGGGUCAAUCUCCCCCGCUCCCCAGGUCAUCCUAGCAUGAAGAGACAACUAGGAGUUAGUAUCCUGGGAUACAGCAAGUGCGCAUCUGCAUUUCGUCAUGUUGGCUUCAUGGGAAUCUCCGUUUUCGUCGGGUUUGGAUUGUAUGGCAUUUAUGAAUUCUUCUUUGGAUCCCCUCCCAUUCACAGAGUUGAAUUUUUCCAGGCAAAUUCAACAGUUCCAUUUCCUUUUCAAGACCAUGGAGAAAGGAUAGUGUCUCAGUACAUGCAGAUUGGGGAGAUAUUGCCAAACUGUGGUCUGGAUUAUGUGUGUCCACAAGAUCACUUCCCUGUUCACAUAUACAGUGGCAAAAGCAAAGAUGACAUGCCAAAGAUAUGUGUAUCAGGGAAAUAUGUUAUCCAGAAAGACAUCAAUGAUGGUGGACGAGGCAUGAACAUGGUGGUCGUUGAUUCCCAUCGCAUGAAACCCGUAAAUGCACGCCACUUUGACACAUAUGCAAUGGACUCGAGUGAGAUGGAGUUGUUCCUCAUGCGUGAGGUGCGAGAAGGAGAUAUUCUCAUUGCUAUGACCUUUGAUGAAGCAUCAAGAAACUUAGGGGUCAUGGCUAAGAAUUUACUUGCUGAUUUAGGUAGCAGUCAAAUUCAGAACCUCCAGUUCCGAGGUCAGUGGUUCAUGAUCUCGCAGCGAGGGAUGAAGGGAUUUUCACCUUAUGAAACUUUAAAGGCUUCUAAAGGUGGAUUGUGGUCACCAAUUGAUGAACACAUGUGUGUUCCUCGCCAUUUGAGUGGACGUGUCAUCAUGCCAGACCCAAAAGUAAUGCAGAAUGAUGCACGAUCAAAGUUCUGUGAACAGCAUUCCCACAUCUCUGAUUUCUGUUCGGUUGAUCAGCGGAAUGUGCCCCUCAAACCUGCCAUUUUGACAAACCGACAAUUAGUUGGCAGUGCAAUGUUUAUGACCCCCAUUAUGGUGAUUGCUGGGGAAUCUCUGUCUACGUUGACACUCACCUUAGAAACAAUUCUGAGUCAGCCUGGGAUUCAGCCACGGUAUGUGGUAGUCGUAUACAAUCCUGAAGUCAUCAAAGAUGUCACGCAGCUGUGUCAACUCUUCGGCUUUAAUGCAAAAGCCACCACUGAGAAGGAAUACUAUAGGAUAAUGGCAGUGGCAUUUGAAACUGCCUAUGGACUCUUUCCUGGGUCAUCUUAUGUGACAGUAAUAGAGGAAGGUUUGCUUUUGGCCCCAGAUUUUAUGGCAUAUUCUGCAAGUAUCUUGCCUGUUCUGCAUGAUCCUACCGUCAUUGCAAUCUCUGCUUGGAAUGCAAAUGGUGAGCUUGAUACGUAAUUAGUUAUAGAGUGU